CUUGUCAGAAAUUAAACUUGGUCUUGGAGGAAAGGAGCUCUGCUCAAAAAGACAAAUUAUCGACUUUCGCUGAUUUAUCUACAUUAAUCUACUUGAACUACUUAAAAUGGAAUAUUUUUGGUACAUAGAACCCGAUGGAAGUAUUACUAAACUUAAGCGAAAUGAUUGGUUCAGAUUUCAUCGUGUUCCCGUUCCUACUCUAGACUAUGCCGAUUAUUGUCACUUCGCAUGGUCUGUUCCUUAUACAAGUUAUCCCGAAGAUUUACCAUUCGAAGUUCUAGAAGCUUUACGAAGUAUGAAAAUAUCUACUUACCAAGCUCAUGGACUGGUUUGGAUUGGUGGCUACUGUCCAAGAUUUUUGAUACCUGAAUUUGAACAGUACAUACAACAUUUGGUUCUAUGUUUUGCCGACGAGAGAAUCGAAACAACUUAUUAUCUGCCAAUGGGUACGCUAGAUGCUGUUAUGUCAGACGUCACUUAUAUAAACUAUAAGUUUCAUGUAUCGAUAAGAUUGGCUCAUAUGCUAAAUUCUAAUCGAGUAAUUCUAUUUGGACACAAACACAACAUUAAAAAAGCAAUCUCUCAUAUUGAAGGAAUCAUUUGCGAACUUCUGAGGAAAAAGAACAACAAGAUCAGAUUUAGCUAUGCAAACCAGCACCAAUAUCUAUAUCAAAAUAAGCUUGAAAUACGCCAAUUGCAGCAACAACAACAAUAUGAACAGCGUUUACAACAAUUAAAGCAAAACCAACAGGGAAAUCAGCAACAGCAACAGCCACAACAAUCUGAACAGGAUCAACAAGAGAAGCAACGCUUGCAACUGCAAGAGCAACAGCAAUUGUUACGUCAGCUGCUGCAACAACAACAGCAAUAUCGUCAGCAGUUACAGCAUCAGCAGCAACAGCGUGAACAAAUAAAACAGCAACACAUUCAACUGCAACAGCAGAAAUUGCAACAACAGCAAAUUCAACAACAGCAAAUGCAGCAACAGCAAAUGCAACAACAGCAAAUGCAACAACAGCAAAUGCAGCAACAGCAAAUGCAACAACAGCAAAUGCAACAAAUUCAACAAGGUCAGCUACAACCACAGCAAUAUCCACAAAUUCAGCUACAACCGCAACAACUUCAGGCGAUGCAAAUUCAACAAGUCCAAUGGCAUCAGCAUCAUCAAUUUUUGCAUCAGCAACAAUUUUGUAUAGCUCAUCCGCAAUCGCAAUUGCACCUUCAACAACAGCAACAGCAACCGCAAAUACAACAACAGCAAAAACAGCAACCACAAAUAAAACAACAACAGCGUGUUCAACGUCAAUAUCAACAUCGCAAGUAGGAAAUUCUCAACUUUGGAUUUUCUCGUGGAACUUAAUGGUGGAAUUGAAUUGAAAAUUACAAUCUAACAGGCUAUAACCGUUUUUCUUCAAAUGUUUUGCGUUUAAUGAACAUAUUAAUUACUUAAUUUCAGAAUGGGGUUGGCAUAAAUCUUUCAAUUAUUUAAUUAAAUAUUUCUCAUUUAAACAAUGCUUUGAUAAUUAUUUCCUGUGAUACUUUUCUUAUUAUUCUAA